AUGCCGCCCCCCUCCUCCGCGGAACGCCUCGUCGCCCACUGGGUCGCUGAUGCCCUCGCUGCCGAUGAGGACAUCGAUUUCUCCGUAAUAAAGAGUAAGCUACAAGCCUUGAUCGCGUGUGUCGCGCACUCGGUUCUCCUUCACUCCUUCGUUCUCUCACCUAGGGUUCCUGAUGCUCCGCCAGCGCUGGUGGACCUCUCGCCUGAGUACCUCAUCGGCGCCCCAGAUUCCGUGCGGGAGCGGGUGGCGCUCCGGGGCCUCGAGGAGCAUGCAACCUUCGCCGACGCCGCCGAAGGUGGUGCUGCGGUGGCGCCACCUCCGUCGAAGAUUCUUAGGGUUGACGCCGUCCGCUCUUGCGAGGACUUGCUGGUUGAGCUCACCGAGCAGGUUGGAAGCUCUGGAAUUCGGGAUAUAAUUCUGCCUUUUAGACAAGAUAUUCAAAACUUUAUUUGUAUCAAGAAAUCUACACUACCAGAAUCUUCUUUGGAAUUGCUCAGAGAAGUGGACCCAGAGAUCCAAUCUAUGGCUGCACCAUCAUCAGUGGAGCAGAAUGGUAUCAAGAAACACGACAAUCAUCAAUCCUUAUGCAAUGUCCACCAUCUUAACUCAAAUAUUGAUACACCUAGGCCCCCUAUUGCCAGUACUGAGCUUCAGCCUGGGAAUUUAACAAAUUUAGUCAACAACCUUGAAAAAGGUAAUUUCAAGCAGUGUCCAAUCGAAUCAACUGUUGAUCUUGAUAAGCCACUUGAAACAGACAGAAGGUUCUACAAUCAACCAUGGGAAUAUGCUAUAAAUGCUGCUAGUGUUGGCACAAGGGCUUCAGAAAAGGAUCCUUCUAAUGUGGACAGUAACAUGUCAGGUUCUUCUACUAGCGGCAAUGCGACUUUGCAGGGAAACAUUGCAGAACCCUUAUCAAAGAAGAGUAUGGUAGAUGAAACCACUGUGGUUCAAGCACAACCUUGUAAAGGAAAAUCACCAAAUCCACCAGAUUAUAAUAAUGUGAUAAAGAGACCAAAUGAUGAUGGUAUCAGUUAUCAAUCAUCGAAGGAUCCCAGACAUGAAAGCAAAACCUUGCAGGCUACGAUGACUCCAGCUUUUGACAGAAGCAAUGAUGUUUUACCAACCAAUACACCUGAAGCGAGCGACUUCCCUGAGCCUAUUGCUACAGAGGAUACAACAAUGGUUCAACAGCUGCAUAGCUGCAAAACUCACCUCAAUCAUCUGCAGCAUGACAGUGGUCAGAAGGUAAACCAAGACCUGGAUGGCACCGUCAGCAUUCAGCCUGUUGAAAAGUAUUCCAUUCAUGAGGAAUCAACUCUGCGGGCUACUAGCGUUAUACCCUCUGUAAGCUGCAAUGGUGCUAUGCAAGAAGACAGAUCUAAAACCAACUAUCCAUCAGGCAAUAGUACUGAGCAUCCUGCAAUUUUUGAAGAGCAGAACUGUGACAAGUCUCAACUGGAAGUUAGUUGUGCCGACAAAAACAAACACACUCUGCAUGAUGAUGCCACCAUGUUGGGAAAAAACAAGGUCGUCUGUGGUGGUCUGAAUGUGCAUGGUGCUCCAGAGUCUCAUAGCUGCAAUCUAACCUUGCAUGAUAAGGUUUCAGAAGCCCACAGUUUAUCUGAUCAGAACAUUGGAAAGAGCACAAAUGACAUCCAGAAACGUAGUUGCAAUAUAUCUGUUUCAGUCUCUUGUCAGGAUGGAUACAGAAAAACAGCAAAACAAGAUUCAAACAAGCAAACCAUUGGGAAAACUGCGGCAGAAACAUCACAUGCACAUUCCUCAGAUGAUAGUAUCAGUGGAUUUGCUGCUGCUUGUCUGCUGUCAAUGAGUGGCAAAAUUCCACUAUGCAGCCAGGAUCAAGAAGCCAAUGAUUCCCUCAGGGUCUCACCAGAACAAGAUUUAUGCAGAAAAUGUGGAAAAGGUGGCCAGCUGCUUCAAUGUAGCAGCUGCUUGUUAUCUGCUCAUGACAGCUGUUUUGGUUCAUCAUUGACAUUUGAAGACCCUGGACAGUUAUAUUGCCCAGUAUGCAUCUGUGCUAAAGCCACUGAAGAAUACAAAAAAGCAAAGAAAACAUAUAUUGAAGCUAGGAAGAACCUAGCUGCUUUCCUUGGUGCAGAGCAAUUGCUCAAGCAACACGAGCAGCAAACUAGACUGCUUCCAAGAGCCGUCUACAGCGAGGGCCAAUUGAAUGGACAUAAUAACUCAUCAAAAAAGCAAACUAGCGUCAGUGAAACCACAGUUGAUGACCUUGCUCAUCAGGGUGAAGAGUCUAAUCGGCGGCGGAAGAAACAGAAAAUAAAUGUUACAAGUGAUGCUUGUAAUGAGGUAGUCAUUGAAAAGGCAUCUUCAGUUGGGAAUUCUGAUGUGGCACCCAUGAAUGCUUCUGUGCUCCAGAACAAAAACAAUCAACUUCAGGAUGCAGAACAAGACCAUGUGGAAAACGCAGAGGCUCAUGAGGGAAGUUCAUCUCAGAACAGAUGCAGUCCUGCUGCAAAUCCGGAAGUUGAGACUGACAAAGAGGAUGGCCCCACACAUUCUCAUCACCAGUCUAAAGACUCUGAUGAAAUAGAAUUUACAUCUUCAAGUGACUCUGGCAAGCCAUCAUCACCCCCUUGGCGUACCAUUAAGCAUCACAGAGCAAGACUACAAGAGAGGGAAGCAACAGUAUCAAGUAAUUCUACAAAAGCGUUUGGGCAGAAGGAUCAAAAAGAGCCUUUACCAUCAAGGAAACGGAAUUAUGCAUACCCACCCAAGCGUUAUUCCAAUCCUGCUGUGCCGACUGGAAGGCGAUCCAAGCUUUGUUGGACAGUAAAGGAAGAAGCAGCUCUAAGGGAAGCAAUGAAAAUAUUCACCCCACGGGACAACGGGCCUAUUCCAUGGGUUCAGAUACUGGAGCACGGCAGAGACGUAUUUCACAGGACACGUCUCCCAAGUGAUCUGAGGGUCAAGUGGAGGAACAUGAAAAAUAGAGGAGACGUGUGA